AAAAACAAAACAAAUUUUGUAUCAAGUGCCUAUUAAAAGUUAAACACUGAAAAUUCGCUCUCAGUCCAUCAUUUUUCACUCUUAACUUACGAGUGAAUCUGCCCUUACGUCGAUCUCCUACAUACUGUGAAUUAGGGUUUUACAGACUGGUAUGCAUAGAGUAAAGUUGAAAUUUUUCCAUUUAGAAAUCAUUAUGACAUUUAAUGUUUCUGCAAUAUGCAAUAGAAAUUUAAUCCUUUCUGUUUACCUACUUUGCGCGCUCCAAGUAUAAUGUUCAUAUAUAUAUGCAUUGUUUGCCAACCUUCUUGCAGCCUCUGUUUUUUUAAUACCUGCGUGCUAAUUUCAGAUCUCGAGCAGUUUAAAUUUGUGUCUGUUGCUUCUCAACUGAUCUCCAUAUUCAUAAUCUUAAUGUUUCUGGAUGUGAUCGAUUCUGUCUGCAGAGUUCUUUAAUUUAAUUUAUCUUCAAUUUUUGUCUGUGAUUUCAAAGGUAACUAGGUUAUGGAAGCCAAAGAUAGAAUCAGUGAACUUCCUACUGAUAUAUGCGACCAUAUUUUGGGACUGUUGCCUAUUAAUGAAUCUGCAAGAAUUUCUGUUUUGUCUACAUUUUGGAGAGAUGCUUGGUUAAGUCUUACUCACCUCAAGUUUGAUGGAGACUUCUUCAAUUAUUUUAAGCAUCAUUACAUGAGAGAGUCAACCAUGUAUGUGAUCAACAAAAUUCUCAUGAGACACAAAGGACCCGUUCGAAGAUUUGUCUUUCAUUUUUCGAAUUUCAGAAAACAUAGUUAUAGUUAUGGAGCUAUGGCUACGUCCCGCCGGUGGGCUGAUUUUGAUCGAUUGUUGCUUCUCAUCACAGGAAAUGGGGUUGAAGAAAUCGAUCUAUUUUUUCAGCCAAAUAAAUACAUAUUGCGAGAUUGCAUAUUUUGUUGCUUAACUCUCAAGAAGUUGAGUCUUUUUGGAGUGUUUAUUGAAAAAAUAAACUUCCCUUGCAUAUUCCCUAAUGUUACUUCUCUUUGUCUUGGAGAUGUUGAAUUUGAUUCUAGAAAUCUUUUAGAUUAUGAUGCUGUUCUUCCUACGCUCGAGAGUCUCACAUGUAGAACUAGCCCUGCUCUUAAGAGUCUUAACAUUUCUGCUCCAAAACUCAGCAGUUUAAAGAUUAAUCCUUCUGCUCAUGGUAUUCGUGGUACUGUUGUUGAUAGUAUUCUUCCUCGUAAUUUGGACAUACGACAUGUUCGCUCUCUUCAUCUCGGUGGUCCUUUCCUCAAGACUUUUGUCAAUGACUUAGAUAGAAUGGGACUACUGCAAACUGCACUAAAUGUGGAGCACUUGGAGCUAACUGUGUCUUUCGAAAAUGAUGAUAUUUCCGCAUUAGCUCUUUUGUUAAACAUGUGCCCCAAACUAAGCAAACAUUUGAUACAUUUGAAGAAUUUGACUGUAGAUAGGUUGUCUAAAUUACCUGACGAUAAUGUUACUCUCAAGUGUGAAACGCUUCGUGAAUUAUACAUUUUUUGCUCCUUUAGCGGGUCUGCGCUCGAACUGCUAUCCUUCAAGUGGCUACUUAACUGCUUCCCAGCACUUGAAAAGUUAUUCAUCAAUAAUUCAAAAUGCUUGCACCACAACAGAGAUGCUAAAAAUAAGCAGAAGCUUCUGCGCUAUCUUCGUGCCUCUACAACUGCUGAAAUUGUUUACGCUUGAUUUAUGCCAUUGCCAUUUCUGUUUUAGGUCUUGAUGGAUUAUGCCAUUGCUGUUUUAUGAUUUAAAAAAAGAAAGUGAAAUGACAUUCUAAAUGUAUUCAUUCAUCAUUCUGAAGUUCCCAAAUAUGCAUCUCUAACUGUUUUUUACUUUAAAGAAUGGAGUGAAUACUACUUCUACUA